AUGUUCUGGUUAUCCCCAGCGCUCUUUCCACCUUCGGGACGCAGCGGUGCUGUUCCGGGUCGUGGCCAGGGCCGGGGUCGGGGCCGGUGCUGGGGCAGGGGAUGGGACUUGGCGCCUGGGUCGCCUCCGUCCGUGCCCACUUGCGGCUCUCGGGCCAGCAGCGUGAGCCUGAUCGAGUGCGGCCGUGUGGACACCGCCUUCAUGCAGAAGGUGUUGGGCGGUCCCGACCAGGUGAUGGACCGCACGAACACCCGGACCUUCCGCCUCUUGCACCAAUACCUCCACCACAGCAAGGAGAUCUACCGCAAGGAGGCGCGGCACCCUGAGGAGGUGGUGAAGGUCUUCCUCACCGCUAUGCGCGCCCCGAAGCCGACCCUGCGCUACUUCACAACCAGGCGCUUCCUGCACCAGCUGCUGAUGCGCCUGGACGACCCCUUUGGCUUCGACUACGCCGCCGCCAUGCACCGGGACGUGUUCGCCGACGAUCCCGCAGAGGCCGAGGCUGGGGCCGGUGCUGGGGCCGAGGCCGGGGGCGGGGCCGGUGGGAUGGGAGACCCUGAGCUCAGCGAUCCUCUGGCCGCCCCGCAAGAAAGGCUCCGUCGGCCACUGUCUCACGCGCCCUCCUUUGUCUCCUGGGCCUGUGCGGUCCCUGGGGAUGGGACGGCAGUGGCGGCUGUGGAUGGCUAA